AAAAAAAUUCCCGCGAAUUUGCUCAAGCCCUUUGUGCGCAGGUACAAAAAUUGAUUUUUUCCGAAAAAAAUCAAUUUUUCUGCAGUUUUAGCACUUGCAAAAUUAUUUUUCUUGUGAAAAAGGUAGUAAAUUGUGAAUAAAUCAUCCUGGCGGACAGUAUCAAGACGCAGAGUAAAAUAUUCCCCAGUCCGGGGGCAGCUCGAAAUGUAUGGGCGCCCCUCAAUGCUUGUGGCAUGGUGACUGAGGAGAAUCCCAGGGAUAGUAUAACGCCCACUAAUGACAAGGAUACCAAUAUCCUCGAGGAAUCUUCAAGUGCUGAGGAUAUUUUUGAUGUUAUCAAGAACGGCGAAGUGGCUGAUGUUGAGAUUCUCGUAGAGAAACUCGGAGCUGAGACACUCUCAGCCCGAGAUAAGCAUGGCUAUACUCCAGCCCAUUGGGUGGCAUUGGAUGGAAAUGCAGAAAUGAUGCGAUAUCUCGUGGAAAGGAAUGCACCCGUAGAUUUGCCAUGCUUAGGAACUCAAGGGCCACGACCUAUUCACUGGGCUUGUCGAAAAGGACACACUGCUGUCGUGCAGGUGCUCCUGUUGGCUGGCGUAGCAGUAAAUGCGGCUGAUUUUAAGGGUCUCACCCCUCUAAUGACCGCCUGUAUGUAUGGGAGAACAGCAACAGCAGCGUUUCUCCUUGGCAUGGGAGCUCACAAUCAUCUUACUGACAUCAAUGGGGAUACAGCACUUCAUUGGGCUGCAUACAAAGGUCACGCAGAAUUGAUUCGCUUGCUGACCUACUCAGGAGUUGAUUUGCAGAAAACGGACAAUUUUGGCUCCACGCCCCUUCACUUGGCUUGCCUCUCAGGAAAUCUUCUCUGUGUGCGCCUUCUGAGUGAGAAGAGUAACUUGGAUUUGGAGCCUAAAGAUAAGAAUGGCAAAACUCCUCUAAUGCUGGCACAGAGUCACCAACACGGUGACGUGGUUAAACUGCUUAAUAAUGAAAUUAGAAAGAAAUCUCGUUGGUUUCCACCCAUUUCUGAGCUUUGGGGCCUUCUCUUUGGUGGAGCUGGAAGUUCCAAAGGUCCCCUUCUUCUCUUUGUAUGUUCAGUCCUUCUCUGGGGAUACCCAAUGUACAUGAUACGGUGCAUCCCCAUAACAUGGAACAUCCUAAGGAGAUCACACUACUGCUUUAUCUACUGGAAUGCCGUAAUGUGGAUUAGCUGGAUUAUUGCGAAUCGCCGUGAUCCGGGAUUUCUUCCUCUGAAUUCGGAUUCAUACUACCGCGCUAUCAAGCAGAUUCCGUACUUUGACAAAUGGAAGAAGCGCAACGUCUUCCUGUCGCGUCUGUGUCACAGUUGCCGUUGUCUGCGUCCUCUACGUGCGAAGCACUGCAGGAUAUGCAAUCGUUGUGUCUCUUACUUUGAUCACCACUGCCCCUUUAUCUACAACUGCGUCGGCUUACGCAAUCGCAUGUGGUUUUUCCUAUUUGUCCUAAGCGUCGCAAUUAAUUGCAGUUUCACUAUCUACUUUGCCUGCUACUGCGUCAUGAUCGAAGGAUUCACCCUUCUUUACGUUCUCGGUUUAAUGGAGGCCUUUCUAUUCUGUGGGCUUGGCUGGAUUCUCACUUGCACAUCCAUCCUCCAUGCGUGCAUGAAUCUCACAACAAAUGAAAUGUUCAACUAUAAGCGCUAUCCAUACCUAAGAGAUAAACGCGGUAAGUAUCAAAAUCCCUUCUCACGUGGUCCUGUGUUGAAUCUCUUUGAAUUCUUCGUCUGUCUCCCUGAUCGAAUUGAUGAGAGUGAACUCAAUGUUGAAGAUAAUCUCUGAUUCCAGAAAGUUCGUAUAAAAAGUAGAGGGAGUUAUUAAGUGAAUUAAAAAAAAUUAAUUGCACGAAGGCACAGUAAUGCACGUAUUUAAUUCAAUGCCUAAAUGUGCAAUUUUACUUAUCUUAGAAGCUCAUCCAAAGAAAAAAAAAUAUACUGAAAUAUUCCAAAAAAUUCAAAAUGAAAUAAUUUUUAAGCUCCUGCCCUAUUCCACAUUGUACCUACUUUUUUUUUGGUAGGUAUAAUGUAAAAUUUAAUUGGUUUUGUCAGAAUCUUAAGAUUCCCAAAAAGGUAUUUUUCAAAAAUAAUAUUGUUGUUUUUCUUGAAUCAAAAAUUAAUUUUAACUAAGGCUACUUCAUUAAACACGAAUUCAAUCUGCGAUGCCUUAAAAAAAUACAUUUUACUGUAAAAGCUUUUUCAACAAAUAAAAAUAUGUACCUAUAUCACCGCCGCCGCAUUAAAACUGAAUCUAUUAAUUGUAUUGCUGUUUUAAAUAGUUUAAAUUUUCAAAGUUCAUAGUUGUUUUUUUGGUAGUAAUUAAAAAAAAACUGAUAGUAACUUUAAAAAUAUAAUUUUAUAUUUUACGUGAAAUUUUUAUGAUUAAAAAGGAUUCAAAAGCACGAGCAAAA